AUCCAUAUAUGUGUCAUAUAUGGAGCUGAUUUCUUCAUAUACGAUGCUGGUUUGUACAUAUAUGAAGCAUAUAUGGACCCCAGGUCGUCAUAUAUGGGAAUUACCCCAUCAUAUAUGCAUCGUAUAUGAAUCAUAUAUUCACAUAUAUGGAACAUAUAUGAGUCAUAUAGGAAACAUAUAUGAUCAUUUUCUCGCGGGAGAUCGCUCCUAACUCCCCUCGGGAAAAAUUUAUUGCUGCAUCUGACACUUGCAAGCCUAUCAGUGCCCGCCUUGGUGAAUGUAGCACCCAACAGUUUCAUGAACGCCAUUUGAUCCUCAAAACUCUAUUUAAGAUGUGGUGUGAAGGCAAAGAGGUCGUGUUGCUUGAAAAGUCAAGUAAAUUUUUCACCGAAAUGUCUAAGUUUCAGUUAGUAAACAAAACUGUGUUUACAUUACUUUUUUUAUGACAAGAGACGAAUCCAUCCCCCUAUUCCCUCACUCCAUGUGUUGUGGAAAUUUUGAAGACAAAUGGAAUGACUGGUGCAAACUCCUCAGCUCUUGAAAACGCUGGUCUCGAAACAGCUGUUAAAGACAGUCAGGAUAGAACUCGAGAAGAGGCAGUUGUCGGAAGGGAUGGUAUAGAAAAAGCGGCUAUAACUGGAGAUGCAGAUGUCGAAACAGAUGUUAUAGACAACGAGGAUAGAACAGAAAAAGAGACAGAUGUCGACAGGGAUGGUAGAGACAUAGAUAGUGGAACUGAAGAGGAAGAUGUUGACAUGUAUGGUAAAGACAAUGAGGAUAGAACAGAAAAGGAGGCAGGUUUCGAAAGGGAUGGCAGAGACCCUACGGAUAGAACUUUAGAAGCGACGGAUUCAGAAGAGAGGGACACGAGAGAUGAAGACACUGCAAUUCCAGUCAUAGUUAUUGGUAAGUAGUGGAGGUGGUUCAUUUGAAGUGUUGAGCCAAUCCUAAAAUCUAAGUCUAAUUGGGCUGGUAUUAAAGUAACUCCAUUGUUUAAA